AUGACCGAAACUGAUGCAACGGAAAGGCCUCUUGAAAUGCCUCAAAAAUUUUUGCCAUAUUUAGAAAAGUAUCGAAUUUAUAAGCUAUUGAAGGAUAUGCUACAAGAUCUAGUGCUGAAUCUGCCAAAAGAUCAUUUAAAGCACAUGAAAGUCUACCUCAAGCGUCAUUUGGACUCGUCUAAGGAUGUCGAUAGAGUCAUCCUACUUGUUUCUCCGGAACUAAAAAUAGACGUAAAGAAGUUAGUACACGAUAUGAUAAAAGAUUUUGGUUUUUACGUCAUCACACGUCGCUGCGUGAUGGAUCGUUACGAAAAGCAUGAUUCUUACGACCCCAAUAGCAUCUCUCCCGCGAUGUUGUCAGAGAUGACUAAAUUGUUAACCCUCAUUGACCCGGUACCGCAGACGGGUUGGCUUUUGUUCGACCACCCUUGUACGGUGCGCGAGGCUCGCUGCCUGCAGCAAGACGGCGUGCUGCCCACGGUGACGCUGGCGCUGUCCCCGCCUGCGCCGCUGGCGCCGCCCUCGCCCGACCCGCACACACCGCAUCGCUCCUUCUACCAACAGGACUUCGAGGGACUGAAGAUAGCUUACAAAGCUACACUUAAGGAAGUUUACAUAGAGCCCAACCAGCCCCUGGAGCAGACCGCGGCUCAGUGCAUGCGCGCCGUCCGCGCUGCGGCCGCGGGCGCGCAGGGCUCCGGGCAGGGCUUCCACGCGACGGGCGCGCCCGGCGUGUACCGGGUGCUGCUGAUUGGGCCCUCGGGCUGCGGCCGCGCCACGCAGGCCCGCGCCACCUCCAGGCACUUCGACCUUGUGCAUUUGAAUUUCCGAGAUCUGUUGAACGAAGCGCGCGCCCGCGCUGACGAGACCGCUGAGCGACUACGCAAGUUUGGCCUCAGCGAGCAGCUGAAGGCGGAGAUAGUCAAACGACGCAUUGCUGAGAAGGACUGUAUCGAUCAGGGCUGGGUGCUGGCGGGGUACCCCAUGACUGGUGCCGAUUUUGAACACUUGGAUCGCAUGCCGACACCACCUAACCGUAUAAUAUUUCUAAACGUACCGCGCGCGGUGUGCAAGUCGCGAGUGCUGUCCCGCGGCGUGGACUGGUGCACCGGCAAGGACGCUCCGCUCGGCUCUGGCGGACGGGUGCUGCCGCGCGGUCCGGACGCGGCGCAGGUGGACGAAGAGCUUGAUAACUACUUCAGCGAAAACUUGGCGGAGCUGAGAGCUGCGGCUGGGAUUACUGCCGUGGAAGUUGAUGGCACCAAACCCAUUGAUGAAGUUCAAGUGAAAGUGCAAGCGGCUAUCAUGGCAUCGCCGAGCUUCAACAUCGAAUGCAGUUCUCAGCUACGCAACGUUGAACACGCCGACGAGCUCAUGUAUUGAAAGAAAAUAAAAUGAACAUAUUCAUAGAAAACUUUUUUUAUUUAUGUACCUUGGUACUUAACUUUAUCCGAAGAAUUAUUAUUAUUUAACUACAAUAAAACACAGACUAAACGAAAAAGACAAUGCUGUUCCUGUAAAAUAUUGGCAGAGAUAAUGUUAAAAAUUACAGUACAGUAAAUUAAUCUUAUUCGUUUGGCCUGUGCAAUUAAAUUACUGCUAAUUAAGAACUAACAAUUCAGCAGUCUCAAAAAACAAUUAAUUACUAUUAUUCAGUUAUCGGGAAUGAAUCUAUAAAUACAUGUAUAAUUGAGGUAGUCUCAGUGUGAUGGGAGACUAAAAAUCGCAUAGCGGGCAUCUGGAACUCUCGACUCUAAUUGAUUUCAAUACAUUAAAAAAAAUGCUUCAACUUAUACAAAUCAAUCAUUCAAACAUACAAUGUGCGGCGGUUAAUAAAGGUUCUACAGAUGUGCCAACAUGACUACAACUAAGAAUGUAUGCCAAACAAAAGUGUCAAGUUGAUGAUGGUAGUUGGCAUAUCUGCAGAUUCUUUAACACGAGAGCUUCGACAAGGUAUGACUCGGUCCUGCCGAACCACCACACUCCGUUCAUACAACAUACAUACACUUCAUACAUUCACACUAAUAAA